AUGUUACGGAUUUGUUUGAUUUGGCUGGUCUCCAGUUUCUUUGCGGGUAACUUUGAAGAGCUGCGUUUUUCUCUCUGAAUUUUUAAGGCAAAUGUUGCAGAUCCACUAACUUGUUUUAUGCCUCUCCUUCCAGAAUCCAGUGGGCAGAUCAUCACUCAGACACCGGCUUCUUUACAGGCAAGUCCUGGGGACAGAGUGACAAUCCAGUGCAAAGCUGCCUCUUCUGUCGGCCGUUAUAUGGCCUUAUAUCAGUUUAAAUCAGGUCAGAACCCCAAGCUACUGAUUCAUUUGGGUUCAACCCGUUUUGAAGGGACUCCAGAUCGCUUCAGCGGCAGCCAAAGCGGCAACGACUUCUCCUUCACUAUCAACGGUGUCCACGCCGAGGACGAAGGGGAAUACUACUGUGGCCAAUACAACAGCUAUCCUCUCCACAGUGAUACACUUCAGUACAAAAACCAGCUCAGUGGCCUAAGACAGCAGGAAGGAAUGGCAGUGGGUGUGUUGCAGCAGCACAUAACCCUUGCAGUUUGCUGA